AUGUCCAAGAACAGUCAACCUAGCAGCCCUGCCGCGUCAAUUUCGGGGGAUGUGGACGAUGGCAUCUCCGACUUGCCAUGUGUCCUCGCCAGGCACAGUAGUCGAGACUGCUACUUCGACAUCAAAAUAACGCAUGUCGAACGCACCACAUUUGGUGGCAGCCCCGCGUACCAGUUGAGGUUCAAGCUGGACUUUGCGCGCCCGUUCGACGUGUCGAAGCGUAUUCGAUCGGCUGCGGUCGACAUAAACCUCGCCAGCAUCAGAGUCGAUAGGCGUCAGGGACCAACCGUGGUGGGCCUGACUCCCGAAGCAAACCUCGUGUGUGUGGCCGAGCACGAGGUCAAUUCUGGCCAGAACGUUGGUGUCACGAUCGGGGCACCAGGUCCAGCGGCGGGCGCCAUCAGUAUCAACGCAGGCCGAUCUUGGGGCGACAAGACAACGUUUCAGGGAUCCCGGCUAUUCCACGGCUUCCUCCUCGGCCCGGAUAGGGCUCGGUGGAAAAUGUACGAGGAACCUAAGAGCCAGAGCGGCUUGCCUCCAUCUCUGGAGCUCAUGGUCAUGGUCACAACCGGCUCUAGCUUCUACGUGAACGCAAGUGUUCGGAUCCAGCGCUGGAGGGGCUGGGGCGUCUUUGGGGCGGUGCACAAUGUUGAUGCGUCGGAAGUGGAUGGUGCAACUGCUCGGUCAUAUUUGGUGCUACGCAAUCGGGUGCUGGACGGGAGUAGUGCAGCACUUAAAAAAGCUUCUGAUAACAUCACGAAGAUCCUCAAAGAGAGAGAGGAGAAUGUGCAAAUGCUAGAGGACCUUGCCAACGAGCAUUUCCCAGAACUCAAUUUCGAUGCCGUCUAUGGCCCUUCCCUCGCGAUUCUCAAGUUGCAUCCACUCAACGCCGUCAACGGGCUGUUCGACUGGAAGCAGAUCAAUGUUCCAUUCCAGCCACAUCGCCUUGUCCUGGCACGGCAAACAGGUGAAGCCCGAGCGGACAACAAAAACGGUAUCUUCGAUGCCAGCGCCGUAUCACGGCGACAUGCUGAGGUCUGGGCAAACGAAGAUACUGGUCAAGUUUAUAUCCGGGACUUGGGCUCGAGAGGCGGAACAUUCAUCAAUGGGCAUCAUCUUUCCAAAGGCACAGCCUACAUGUUGCACAAAGGUGACCAACUACAGCUCGGUUCUGAUGUCGUCGAAAAUGGUGAGCAGACGAUAGAGUACCAUAAACUGUUGGCGAACGUCGAUUUCGUGGGAUUGUGGAGUCAUGCAACGACUGAAGACAGUUUGGACUCGACUCUACUGGAUCCAUGGGAGAUAAAGAUGACCGCGAAACUCCAUACUCGAAAAGAGCAUACGCUGAAGGUUGUCAAUGAUAAGUUCGACAGCUGGCGAAUCGGGGACCGGAACGAGGAGCUAGAGGGAAUGCUCCAAGUCCUUCAAGACGUGGUGGAUCGUCGGAUUGAAACCCUGGCUUUGGCGCACCUGGUAGAAGACGGGAGGGACGUUCAACUUGUGGUGAGGCGUGAGAUCGAAAGGCGGGCCUCGGUCGACCCGGUAGAAGACAGGGAGAGUGUUCGAAUCGAGAGGAACCGUCGGGUCGAAACUCUGGCCUUGGACGACCCGCUAGAAGGCGGGGAGAGCGAAGCGGAAAACGAGGAAGGGAGCCGUGAAGGCAGCGGUGCUGAAGAGGAGCAAGACACGAGUGAGGCUGAUAGUUCCACCAUCAGUUCCAGACGGAGUCGCAGGCCCUCUGAGGCGAGAUUUCCACGAGCGGUUUACACCACGGACAGCGUGUUCGACGACCGAUACAGGUAUCGACCUUCUCGUCAAAGACCAGGUCGCUACUAUGACAUGGACGACGACCAUUACAGGUAUCGGCCUUCUCGUGAAAGACCAAGUGGCUACUCCAACAAGAGAGGGCCUGAAGAGACUAGUCGCACGGAUACAUUGAUUCCUAGAAUCCAAACAGGCGAAGAGGCUCUUGCGAAUCAUCGAUCCGUGGGCAGAGGUUGGACGGAGGUCAAGCUGUGA